UUGGUUUUUCCUGUCAUGUCUGUCAUAGACCUGGUAAGUAUUUGAGUGCCACAACAUGCAUGAUCUGAACCAACAUGUUGAACGGAGGAGAGACACACCACUUUUGUAACUAAAAAAAAGUAUGACGACCGCUAACCGCUGUUCCUGGUGCGUUCGCACCAGUGCUGUCGUCGACGACCUUGCAGUUUUUAAGAUGGUGCGACCAUGGAAGUCUUAGAAGCCUCAGCCGCAUUGAGCCUUGCUGUCACAGCACGAGGUUGGCCGACGGGUGUUUGUGACCGAGAAUGACCGACAGGUGCUCUUUAUCGACGAUACCACUUCCAACAACGCCGCCAGAACUACACGGAAGACCGCGUUCCUCGUAAGUCGCCUCUUCACGACAGUGCCAACUCCUUUACCGCAUUGAAGUUACAGCCGCGAGGCGUUCUCCGCACGAAAUGUCGCUUGUAGUCGAAUCGUUGCGAUUGGGCAAGGCGUUGCUUCAGACUGUUGGAGGUCGACCGGCUCGCCAAGUCGCGCGUUCGACAUCCGAGACUGCAGAGCUCGCCAUUCAGCGUCUUAUCCAGCAAAGCAGUCGCAUUCUGGGUGCCGAAACUUAUGCAGGGUCUGACGAUUGUACUGAAGUUUCCGAUUGAAGAGGAUAAACCUCUCUUUGAAGGCAUAGAUACGACUAAGUAGAUAGUUUGGUACUACGAACUAAUAUCAUACCUACAGGCACAGUCAUGGUCUAGCUUAACGAAAACCUUCUUACCUUAGCCUGUCUCCACAUUCUAAUCGUCAGCCGAGACCCUGGAGAAGAAUGGUGCAUCUGCGAAGCAAAUCGCGGAUACUUUGGCUGAGUCUUUGACCACGCAGACGGCGAAAGCGACCUUGCAUUAAGGCUUGACACAUCUCGUUCAGCUACAUCUACUUUGAGAACUAGUAGAGUUGGUACUUGUCCUAUGUUCUCAGCCUAUCUAUUCGUUCCACCGGGCAGCUUCGUCUGCUUCCGACCUUCCGAGGAUCAUUCUGCAAAAAUGUCUUGAGGGAAGAAGAAAGAAAUAAAGAUUGGAGCUCGUUUUCUUCUGCUUCCUGGGAUUCUGAAGAAAUGUCUUUGGGAAGAAAUGUCUUAAGUCAAAUUUAGCGUUGCUUCCUCCUUGGGAUUCUGAGGCAAGGACAAAGGAAGAAUUAAAUCAAAUUCAAAUUGCAGCUCUUCUAAUCACCAAAAGUUGCGGAGGAUGUGAACGAGGGCAUGGCUUUACAAGGUGGCGGAUUCAAGCUCUUUUCUUCCGACGAUCCAAAUUGGGCCACUCUGAAAGUUGUGGACGACAUCUGGGCUGCGAAUGUGGAACAGGGAUUGGUCUUGUCGAAAGAGGAUCGGGAAUAUCUGUUUUUAUGAUUUUUAUGAUUUUUUUGAUUCCACAUCCUCUUUCGACAAGGAUCGGGUUUUUAGAUAGAUAGAUCUUAAUAGCAAGAACGGAGAUAGAUCUUAAGGGUUUUUAGAUAGAUAGAUCUUAAGGGCAUAGACAGAUAGAUAGAUCUGAAUAACAAGAACGAGAGGACGUCCUUGUGACAUCACAAAGUCUUGUUGUAACUACUGGUCAUCGACGUCAUAGAUGCCAGGAAACUGUUACACGGUGUUCGCGCAUGUAAGUACAUGAUCAUCAUCAAGUUCUCAUCUAAUCCCCACUCACGCAGACACUGGAGAGGGAUGGCUAGGUAGCGGCUUGUUUGGUGCGCAAUCUGGAGAUGCAGCUGCACCGCUAGGAGGAGGAGGAGCUGGUGGCGUAGCGGCAAUGAGAGAAGCACCACAGGGAUCGUCAUUGGUUAUGAGAUUGUAGGAUGAGUCGAAGUCGAUGAUGAUGAUGAUGAUGUGCCUAGCGCCAGGCACUGUUCAUUGUUCGGGUACUUAGUAGUUUAUUGUGCAGUUCUCAAGGAAUCUUGAUCUUCAUUCAAGAUCAGUCCUUCUGUGUUGUAUACUAGUACUAUGUGCAAUUUCCUCAGGUUCAUAUUAGUUUCGUUCAAGAUUGCCUCGUGCCCGUCUUCCUUCAUAACUGCCUACGCGCAGCAUCUCUCGUUUUCAAGACAGGAAGCUAGGGAGUUCGUGCGGAUCAUGAAGGAAGGACGUCAUGCGCGUGGAGGCGACACGAUAUUGAAGUUGUACAUCGAGAACCUAUUACAAGAUUCUGCUUUGCAACGGGUCUCGCAUCUCCCUGCUGCUGUUGAGCGCAAACUCUACUAUGUUAUGACUGAAACACAAUGAAUAAGUUUGUCUUCGUGCUUUGGGUUUGUGAUUUCGUUCUCCUGCUCCUCACCUCUUUUACUUCUAGUUGUAACCACCUGAAGUUGUAUUUUUAGUUUCCUGAAGUAGACUAUCAUGUUUGUUUUUAUGAGUGCUGUUCCAUUUCCAAAGAACAGCUACCUUUUUUACAAGUAGCUUCGCUUUCCCCAACACCAAACGACCUACCUUUUUUACUAGCGCUGUCCUCAACGAAACCUCCUACCUCUACAACUAGCGCUUUCCAACUAAGACAUCUGCCGAUCCGUGCUACAGAUUUUGGAGCUUGGAUUGGCUAAGCUGCACAACUUUGAUCUGGUCGGCCACAGCGUUCAGGUUGACCUCCUAGUGGAACCGAGUCGCACUUUGGAUGCCAAAGCUGUGGAGGAAAUGGUAUUCAUAAUUGAAAUCGUAGUACCCGUUUUUUCUGUGAUGAUGUAGACGAGGCGCUUUUUCAAGUAGCACAUUAUUUUGGUACUUACCGUAGGAGUUCAAAUCACAUCAACGAUCACAUUUGCCCAGACCCGCACUCGCCAAUUGUGGACGCGGAUGAAUAAGAGCCGCGUAGAGAUGGUCGUAUCACAAAUUAUUGAGGAGUACCCGGAUGUGCAGAAAUUUGCCGCCAUUGCGCCAGAGCUGGAGACUCAGUUCGUAGCCACGGUAGCACAGGUAUCGAUGUUAAGGCGUAUCGUAUCCCUAUGUAGGAUUAAGUUGUACUUGGCUUGGCAAAUGCAAAAAUAUAUUUGUCCAGUUCAAUCAUGUUUUUCUUUAACUAUGCUAGUGUUCCGUCACAACGAUAUAAAGCUGUACUAACUUCAAGUACAUAUUGAAGUUAUACCUAGUACAUUCUGAAGUCAUAGUACUACCUCUAACAAAUGCAAACCUUAUACCCCCUCCUCCUCUAACACCCCGUCUCUUAACGGACCUCUUCUGCGACGAGAGGAUUCGGGUGCGUGUUUUAGGCCACCAGCUACGCUGGACCUGUGACCCAAUGAGCACGGACCAGAUCGAAAGAAUGUGUCAGGUAUUUUGCGAUUGUUUCAACUAAUGAUGGAUGGCAUUGUUAUAGGACUCAAACUACUCAUUACUUUGAGUCAAACGAGUAACUUGCUUCGUAUUACUUUCAAUAAUUCAAAAGCAUCAAAACGACCUCGCGCACAUCACUCCAGAACCGGAAAGGAUCCCGGCCGCGAGUAAAUCAAGAUGCCAUCGUACUGUUUGUCGAUGAGUUGCUCAAAGACGAAGAAGUAAACCUGCUUUGGGUUCCAGUUAUGGUUGGUUCUUCAGGAGAUUAGCCUUCUAUCUUCUAGAUUGAAAAUGUCAUGUAUAUCUUUCUUGGAAUGGGUUUUUGAAGUAGUAAAUUCGUUAGCAGAUUAUCGCUUCUAUAUUCUUUAAAGUUUGUUUUAGGUCAUAAAUUGAUUCUGUAAGGGAACAUCUUCAAAAGUAUGUUAAAAGUGUUGACCUGCUCGACAGUGAAAAUGAACGCAUCAUCCGUUCAGAGAGUCUAAUCCACACAUGAUCGAAGCUGAGAUCUACAAGCAUGCUUUGACAACAGUCAUUUGUAUGCUAGAGGACGUUUUAUCGGGGUGUGAAAUUACAGUCUUAGGACUAGAGUUUCACUUCUCAUUGACCAGUGCUUUGGUUCCCGGUCGCUCGCCGUGGGUGCCUAAAAAUGGUACAAGUUGUAAGACGAGCAGUAGUGCAGAGGGAGAGGGAGCAACAUCUUCAAAUGGUUCUUGUCUGGGGUCAUCUUCGACCACAACAUCAACAACCGGCAAAAAUACGCAGAGCAAUGGAGACGCCUCUGCUUCCUUCGCUUCGGGUGCAGCUCCUUCUUAGGGCUCAAGAAGAUAAUUCAUUUCUACUAGCCAUUUUCUUCCGCCAUUUCUGCUUCCUUCUUAUGCUUGUAAGUACUUUUGUUUCCUUCCUAUGAUUGUACUUUUGUUUCCUUCCUAGGAUUCUCUUGUUUCCUUCCUAGGAUUCUCUUGUUUCCUUCCUAGGAUUCUCUUGUUUCCUUCCUAGGAUUCUCUUGUUUCCUUCCUAGGAUUCUCUUGUUUCCUUCCUAGGAUUCUCUUGUUUCCUUCCUAGGAUUCUCUUGUUUCCCUCGCGGGAUUGGGAGCAGAUCCUUCUUAGGAUUGGGCUAUCCUUGUUUUCGGAUAUGGAGAAAGGCAGGCAAGAAGUGAACGGUUCUGAGCUCUAAGCUUCAGCAGACGCUAGCGCGGAAGCUAGAUAUCGUCGACAAUUUUCAGAGCGGCAAUUGACACUGUAUGUCACGCCAGAGCAGUUAAAGGCACGACUAGCCGAAAUCCAUCGCGAAACUGCUGCCAUCGAGAAUCUAUUGGACAAGAAUUAGGGUCAAAUGAUGUGAUAAAAGAUAGGAAGAUGGUGAAGUUUACACAACUUCUAAUAAGUACCUUGAAGUGCUCACAUAGCACUAGCACAACAAGAAUCUUGGACUGCUCAAAUACCGCAGACAUGACCUCUCUUAGAAGAAGUUUCACACUCUAAAUCCAACAGACAGGAGGACCAGCAGGAGUAGAUUCCAGCAACUAUACCCGUCCUAAAGCUGCAGGCGCGCGUCGGCCAGCGGAGUAUUCAGCGAGUGGGGAACUGUUACGUCCAGCACUGGAUCCGGAGUCUGAAGAAGAUGCCAAAGUAGGAGAUGGAAGCUCUUCAUCAGCUACACCUGCCGCUGGUGCACAAGGGUUGUCCCUAGCGGAUGAAACGAAACGAGAAUUUCAGAAGCUUGCUGCUCAGGAUCGAUUGGCGAGAUUCUUGUUAUGUAGAGCAGUUUUGAGAAGCAAACAUCUUCGGGAAGAAGUAGUAAAAAACGAAAAUAUAAGUAGACAGAUAUUUUUGCCAUUGGCAUCUAGAUGAUUCCUUGUUCAUCUAUUUCUCAAUUCAAACUACUACACCUCUAACCUUGCAAGUGCGAGAGUCGUUGAGUGAAGUUCCUCUGAACAUUCCCUAUGCGAUGAUGCGCGACGUGGAUGGCUACAAGCACUGGCUUCCAAUGUGCACGAGUGGAGAGGUACUGCAGUUCUACUUUGAUCUUGUUGCUAAUCGAUUUGCAUUUCAUGACACGACAUUCGCUAUUUCUUCACUUCCGGCACAGGAGAGGGGCAAAGCCAUCUCCUAGAACUUCGCUCCCUGCAAGCAGGUACUAGCCCGCGACGCGCAGUCAGGCGAAAUAACGAAGUGCAAAGUCGCCUUCGGCAUCGACACUAGGACGUUUCUUGGCGUUUUAGGCGACAACGUAACCUAUCAAAUCCGAACUGAACCGCCGAAGGAGAUUCGUCCUGGUGUUUUUUAUGGAGGAUUCAGUAGAUCAAGAACUCUAUUGGUGAUAUGAUUGUUCAGUAGUACAAGAACCAGUAGUACGAGGACGUAGCUAGGACUAGGAGAAGGAUAGAAGAGAGACUCCUAGUUCAGCACUGCGUUUUGUUCUUUCUACCUACUAUGUUGACAGCUGGGACAUCUAGGAGAUCGACAUUUAUUUGCAGCUACGCCCAUUUGUCCCAUCCCAUACCUUGAUCCUUCAUAUCACCCAAGCCCGCGUGGUAUCGGAUACUGGAGAGCAUGGGUUUGCGUAUGGUGACAGGCUGGUCUACGACUGGGUUUUUAUCUCCGAAAACGGCAAUACAGAAGUCAGUCUCAACUUGUUCUUACAGUUAUGGCCUUGGGUUGACCCAAGUUCUAGUAUAGUUUCUUCGGUUAAGAAGGUGAAGGUCUACAUCUAGGAAUGGGAUUACCUAGUUUAUCGUCCUUCAGGUAGUUCUAGUAGGACGGAUGAAAAGGGACUACGUCAAGAUGUACGUGUACGGACGAACAGUAUCUCGACGAAGAUGAUCAUCUUUUUGCUUACGAGGGUCAAUUGCAUCAAAUAGAUAGAAAUAUUACUCCACUUUAGUUGUCGUUCUAACACCUGUGAACUCAAGUUUAUACCUUCCAGUCUGGGAUGCUUUGCAGAAGGUGCUGACAGAGCAAAUGCUGCAAGCCUUCGAAAAAGAAGCGCGGAGAAGAGUGGCUUUGAAGGGAGCAGAAGCGUGAUAAGUACGUGGAUGGAGGGUAGGGUAGUAGUAGAAGGUAGGGUUCUUCUUGGAAGGGUCUACGAAGUUGCAUAAUUCAGUGUAGUUAAGUACUUUAGAUAAUACUUACCUAACCUAACCUAAUGGGGGAUGACAUUUUUGUGCUGGGACUGGGAGGGGGACGAGUUGUAGUAAGGAAGACGAUAUUUAGCAAAGGGAACUUCUAAGGUUCAGGUGAUGGGCACUGACCUCUUUCGUAUCAUGAUUGUUCUUCAGAAAUCUUUUGACGUAUUUGUUGGUGUACACUAGGAUUGCUGCAUAGACAAACCGUUCCAUCGCGACAGACCGCCCCGAU